UCACCCGAAGAGAGACUAGUUAUUACAUUGAGAUAUCUGGCAACUGGAUGUUCAUUCAAAGAUUUGCAGUAUUCAUUUAGGAGGGGACAUUCAACAGUGCAACAAAUAAUAAGGACAACAUGCUUAGCAAUAAUUAAAUGCUUAGGUGAUAUUUGUGAGCCACCAACACAAGAAACAGAUUGGGUUAAUAUUGCAAAUGGGUUUAAAGUAAAGACCAACUUCCCCAAUUGCAUCGGAGCCAUUGACGGGAAACAUGUCAGAAUAAUAAGACCACAUGAAAGUGGGUCACUAUAUUUCAACUACAAGAAGUGUUUUUCAAUAAAUUUAUUGGCCGUAUGUAAUUCAAAUUAUGAAUUUAUUUAUGUUGAUGUGUGCUGCUACGGAAAAAUAAGUGAUAGUCGAUUAUUCGCUAACUCAGCAUUUAUUAAAAGGCUGAGCCGUGCAAGAAGAUUUAUAGAGUGCAGUUUUGGCAUUAUGGCAAACAAAUGGAGGAUUUUACAUAAACCAUUAAAUGUGGGAAUAGAUUUUAGUGUAGAAUUAAUAAAGACUUGUUGCAUAUUACAUAAUUUUGUCAGAUCCAAAACUACAAAAGUAAUUUGCUAUAAAAACAUGCCAUCAAAUGGAGCCCUAGUGCAUAAUGUGAAUAUAGGUUCACAAGAAGUUACUAGGUUAUCGAAAACUGGUGUCACUGAGAGAAAUAAAUUUGCCGAUUACUUUAUUUCAAAUCAAGGAGAAGUAUCGUGGCAAAAUGAUAAAAUUUAA